AUGUCAAUCAUCUUACCUGACGCUGAAACUAUGCCUGAUACUAUCCCUCGCACUCAGGUUCAUCGCAGAGACUUCAGCGUCUUGCAACUCCCAUGUGGACAUGCAGGAUGCAAGCAGUUUUUCAAGAUAGGUGCAGGGCGCACAAAACAUAUCUUGUCAGCCCAUCCUGUGAUAUCUUCCCCACCACCAGAGCAGGACAUGGACAUCGAUGUCCCAGAUGUCCUGUUGCAACAACUUGAAGAUCGGUAUAAUGGUCAGGAUUUCCCCUUCUCACCUGAUAACAAGGAACACGACCUUGGGUACAGUCAUGAUCACUGCGCUGAUGCACUGAGGUCUUCCCCCCUGCCGGAUGUUGAUACUGAGUUUUUUGGGCCCGGGAACCAUCUUUUUCACAACUAUCACGCCCAACUCAAUGGACGUCCAUGUGACAUUCAUGGUUGUUUUCUCGACGAUAAUGCAUUGCCACCAACUCAUGAACCUCAAUCUCCGAAUGACUGGAUGCCAUUCCAUAACCGCACUGAAUUCGAAACUGCCGAUUUUUUCUACACUCAGAACCCAACACCUGCCCGGAAAAUUGAUGCGCACCUUGCCCUAUGGGCAUCUACCUUGCUCAAACAUGGUGAUGCACCACUAUUUGCAGACAAUCAAGAUCUCUAUGCAAUGAUUCCGAUGUUACUUGUAACAAUGAUUGACGCAAUACCAUUGGGAGAGGUCAAGUGGGAGUGUGAGAAGCCUGAAGGUAGUUAUCCGCCCUGGAUGGACAGCACCUUUGAUGUAUGGUACCGGGAUCUACAUCAAGUAGUCCGCAACAUGCUCGCAAACCCCAAUUUCACACACAAGAUGGACUUUCGACCUUACCGAGAGUACUCGACCUCAGGUGAGGAGCGCCACUAUAGAGACUUCAUGUCUGCUGACUGGGCAUGGGAUCAAGCAGACAUCAUUUCUAAGGAUCCAGAUACAAUUGGCGCCACCUUCAUUCCUGUCAUUCUUGGAAGUGACAAAACAACCGUCUCUGUAGGAACCGGGAACAAUGAGUAUUACCCGCUCUAUCUGUCCAUUGGGAACAUCCACAACAAUGUCCGGCAUGCGCACCGGAAUGCAGUCGUAGUCAUUGGCUUUCUUGCGAUGCCAAAGACUACAAAGGAACACACAAGUGACCCACACUUCCUAAAAUUCUGCCACCAGUUGUUUCAUGCUUCGCUUUCCAAGAUUCUCGAAAGACUUAGGCCUGGAAUGACGAAACCUGAGGUUGCAAAAUUUGGUGAUGGGCAUUUCCGUCGUGUCAUCUAUGGCCUUGGACCUUACAUUGCUGACUAUGAAGAACAAGUUCUGCUGGCAUGUAUUGUGCGCUGCUGGUCUGGCGCGCUUCCUCGAUGUCAAGCGUAUACAGAAGAACUUGUUAGUGUGGGGACAUAUUUGGAACUGUGGGACGAGUUUGGAGUUGUAGCAGAUCUUGUUCCGUUCACUAAUGAUUUUCCUCGUGCUGAUAUUUGCCAGCUGAUCGCACCCAACAUCUUACAUCAGCUCAUCAAAGGCACGUUCAAGGACCAUCUUGUGGACUGGGUCCAUAAGUAUCUCCUACAAACACAUGGAGCACAUGAUGCGCAACACAUCUUGGAUGACAUUGAUCAUAGAAUUGCUAGUGUCGCCCCUUUCGCAGGCCUGAGGCGUUUCCCGCAAGGGCGUGGCUUCAAACAAUGGACCGGAGAUGACUCAAAAGCACUUAUGAAGGUUUAUAUAGCGGCCAUUGAGGGACACGUCCCAGUGGAAAUCAUACGCACAUUCCGUGCGUUUCUUGAAUUUUGUUACAUUGUACAAAAGAAUACUAUAACCGAGGGCAUGCUGGAGAAACUGCAAGAUGCUAUUUCCUGUUUCCAUCAUUAUCGCAAGAUUUUCCUUGAAACUGACACUGUAUCCACAUUCUCUCUACCGCGACAACACUCUGUCUCUCAUUAUUUGCAGCUCAUCCGACUCUUUGGCGCUCCAAAUGGACUCUGCUCAUCCAUUACAGAGAGCAAACACAUCAAGGCUGUUAAAAAUCCAUGGAGGCGAUCAAGCAAAUAUAAUGCGCUUGGUCAAAUGCUUGUCACAAAUCAACAGCUCGAUAAACUUGCUGCUGCACGAGUCGACUUCACCAGCCGUGGGAUGUUGGAUGGAACUUGCCUUUCAGCAGCCCUUGAUGCCCUUUGUAAGGAUCAUGCGCUUACUACUACUAAUGAUGCAAUCUGCAAUGCUCACGACGAAGACUUUGACAUGUCUGUUCCUGAAGACGACAUCAACGGUGUAGAUCCUGGCCCAACAGUUCUGCAAGCGCAUACACGAUUAGUGCGAACUGCACGCAACACAAACUCGCAGCGUCAUUCUUUGGAUAUCCCUCGUCUACCUGAGAUGGUCUGCCGCUUUCUCUUCCAGCAGACACGUCCAGAUGAUCCACGAGAUGGCAAAAUAUCAUUCUAUGCCCCGAGUGAUAUAAGUGGGAUCGGUGGGAUGCGGAUUGAGCACAUUCGUGCUUGUCCCAUGUGGCGGAACGAGGCCCCUCGUUAUGACUGUGCUUUCGUCAAUAUUGGGUCAGAAGAUGUGGGCAUUCGAGGACUCGAAGUCGCGAGGAUUCAUGCAUUCUUCUCAUUCAUUUAUGGAGGAAAGACUUACCUGUGUGCCGUCAUGCGCUGGUUUAAUAUCAUUGGAGACUUGCCUGAUGAAGAUACUGGCAUGUGGAUGGUCCAUCCGGCCUGCGGUACCAACAAUGCACCUCUCUACAACAUUAUACAUGUCGAUUCAAUCUAUCGUGUGGCUCACCUCAUUCCCAUUUAUGGCAGACAUUUUCUCCGCCAUGAUAUUAAUCUACAUAAUUCAUAUGACAGUUUUCGAACAUUUUAUGUCAAUAAAUACGCUGAUCAUCAUGCUUUUGAGCUCGCAUCAUAG